GUUCCCGUAUGUAACCGAGCCGAUCACGUUCAAGAGGCCCUGCCCCAGCUUUUGUACGUGCAUGUGUAUUGAGACGUCAAAAAAGUUGCCGGACCAACCCCAUCCCCCACCGUCCCUCAAUCCUCAAAGUCCAAUUGCACGACCACCAUGUUUGCGACGACGAGGCAUUCGGUCUUGCGGCAGGCCAGGACCGCUUUACGAACCUCACAGCCAGUGUCGGCACCGCGGCUAUCGGCUCUCGCCCGGUUACUUUCCUCCCUCGCAGUGCUGGAGCAGAAGGAUGGCAAGCUGAACCUGUCGUCACUCUCUGCAGUGGCAGCUGCACAGAAGCUCGGAGGCUCAGUCAUUGGGUUUGUCGCGGGCGGAAGCGCAAAGGCUGUUGCCGAGGAGGCGGCCAAGGUGCAGGGUCUCGAGAAGGUUGUCUUCGUGGAGAACGCAGCGUACGACAAGGGCUUGCCCGAGACGUUUGCACCGCUGCUGGUGGAAAACAUCAAGAAAGAGGGAGUAUCACACGUGUUGGCCAGUCAUUCAGCGUUCGGCAAGAACGUGCUACCACGCGUAGCAGCGCUGUUGGACGUCGCCCAGGUGUCAGACAUCACAGGCAUUGAAAGUGAAGAUACAUUCGUCCGCCCCAUCUACGCCGGAAAUGCCAUCCUCACAGUCCAGUCCACCGACCCAACAAAAGUCCUGACCGUCCGCGGCACGGCCUUCCCUGCCCCGGCGCAAGAAGGUGGCUCCGCAUCCGUUGCCGAAGGCGUCGACCCCAAGGUCUCGUCUCCGACCGAAUGGAUAUCUGAGAAUCUCACGAAAUCCGAUCGACCUGACCUGGGCACCGCCAGCAGGGUAGUUUCUGGCGGGCGCGGUCUCAAGUCCAAGGAGGAAUUCGACCGGCUGAUGACGCCGCUGGCAGACGCACUAGGUGCCGCCAUUGGCGCAUCCAGGGCGGCCGUCGACUCCGGCUUCGCGGACAACAGCCUGCAGGUCGGCCAGACCGGUAAGAACGUGGCUCCACAGCUGUACCUGUGCGCUGGAAUCAGCGGUGCCAUCCAGCAUCUAGCCGGCAUGAAGGACAGCAAAGUGAUUGCUGCGAUCAACAAGGACCCAGACGCGCCCAUCUUCCAGGUCGCUGAUGUCGGCCUGGUGGGCGACUUGUUUGAGAAGGUGCCAGAACUUACGGAGAAGCUCAAGGCGCGGUAAAGAGACGCGGGAACGGCGUGGGGCAAAACGGGGAGCAGCUAGACAAAUGUGUGUAUGUACAUAUACGAAUCAGAGAAAAAACGGAAAUCCAGCACCUUUUCGUCGCGCCGUCAACGUACGCGAGCGUUUGCAG